AACAUGUGGCUCAGGAGCUCAGUGUCAACGCUCAGGUUACCAACAUGAAGCUUCACUGUGACUCAGUCUGUCAUCUCGUCUUCCUGAGCCUCUGCUGUGUUCUCAUCACAGUGAGAGUGUCAGACAGCACGUUCGUCCCGGGGAGAUGUAUGUGUCAACAGAUGCAACCAGGUGUCAGGGGGCAACUGAAAGAUCUCACUGUCUACCACAAAAGCCCCCGCUGCAGUAAAGUCACAGUCAUAGUGACACUGAUGAAUAACAACCAAGUGUGUCUGAAUCCAGACGCACCGCUGGGUAAACAGCUAGUUCGUUGCUGGAAUAGAGCUCAUAAAUUGGGUCGUGAUGUGAAACUGUGUCUGAGGAGGAGGAGGAGAGGGAGAGGAGGCAAGCGGCUGCGCUCUCGACAGCGGAGCCGGGGCCACAAUAAGAAAACCUCAUCUUCAAAUUCCCAGUAGUCAACCAACCUGAAACCAAUCCACUGCAUGGAGAGAAGUGUGCACAUGCCAAUUGUUGCCAAUCAGUGGACCCUUAAUUGUAGACCAGCAGUAAAAGAACCACUAUUUCUCCUUCCACACAGCUCAGACAUCAGGCUCCCCUGAACUGCUGCCUGGGCUGUAAACUGAACCCCUCUUCUAGUCCAGCAGCAGGGGGGCUUUUCUGUGCAAAUGACUGAUGUGAUGUUAAAAACUAAGCCCUGGAGGCUUGUCAUAAAUGCUAAUAAUGUCUUUAUAACACUAUCAAAUGGCAAAUAUAUUGUUUAUAUGUAGUUCUGUGUAGGCAGCUGGAAAAGAUAACUGAACCCUAUAUGUUGGUUAUUUAUUUUUAUAUUACUUUUUUUUUUACAAGAAAUAUUUGUAUAAUUUGUACGAUUAAAACAACGACUUGAACUCAA